AGACUGAAAGUACGUGUAUGCCACAACCAUGCAACAGUCGAGCAACCAAACAGCCAGAGCCUCUCUUUUAUGAAAUGGCUUCCAUCGAUGUCUCAUUCUACAUCUUUUGUGGCAGCCCGUGUGAGGUAACGCAACAAACCAACAGAUCAGCCCGUGUAAACUCCGCGUCUUCCCCACGAUGACAACCUCGUCUCGAUCGUCUCAUCGUCCCUCCUGCAUGACGCGCCGCCUUCUGACGCCAUGCAAGCGAGCCCUCGCGCGGCUCUUCCGCAUCCCGGCCUCCGCCGCCCUCUCUAUCAGGGCCUUCCGGUUCCGCAAUCUCCGCAAGUCCACCGCCAAGAUGAGCCCCCGCCACCGGCGCCGUGCCGGCCGAAGCUUCCGCUCGGUCCGCGCGGUGUUCUGGCCGUUAAUCCCUCCGUCUUCCACGCCGGCAACCUCGACAGAGAGCCAUACCGCGCGCAGGGUAGUUGCUGCGGCGGUGCCAGAGGUGCCGGUGCCGUCGCCAGAGACGCCUGCGUAUGUGAAGAUGGUGGCGCGGCUGCGGUCGAGGACGACCACGCGAAUUGGAGAGGACAAAGAGGAGGCAUGCCAGAGUUUUGAGAGCUGCCUGAUGGGGAUUUUGACGGAGGAAGGCAAAGCGCGGGACCUGCAGGACGUGGAGGAACUCCUACAGUGCUGGGAGCGGCUCAAGUCGCCGGUGUUCGUCGAUCUGGUCUGCCGGUUCUACGGCGAUCUGUGCAAGGACUUAUUCUCCUCCGCCGCCGGGGGUGAGAACGGCGGAAACACUAACCAGGACGUGGGACCAGUUUCCAUGUCGGCUGCUUUACUAGUGUAACUCGUUACCACAUCGUGUUGUAAGUUCGUAACACAAAACACUUAAUUUUACAG